GGCUCAAGGUGUGUGGGCAAGAAUUGUCAGCCAUGUCGAAGCUCAACGUGGAUAAUUUGAAGAAGGGCAUUGGCCAGAUUCUGGAUGGCAGCAAGGAGAAGCAGCGGAAGUUCUUGGAGACGGUGGAGUUGCAGAUUGGCCUGAAGGAUUACGACACUCAGCGCGACAAGCGUUUCGCAGGCACCAUCAAGCUGCCACACGUGCCACGCCCGCGCUUGAAGGUGUGCGUGCUUGGCGAUGCUGUGCAUUGCGAGCAAGCACAGCGGGCCAACAUUCCCUUCAAGAGUGUUGAGGACCUGAAGAAGCUGAACAAGAACAAGAAGAUGGUGAAGAAGCUGGCAGACAGCUUCGAUGCCUUCGUGGCCUCGCAGGUGUUGAUCCCGCAGAUCCCCCGCUUGUUGGGGCCAGGCUUGAACAAGGCUGGCAAGUUCCCCACUCUCGUGCAGCACGCCGACAACCUGGAAACCAAGGUCACAGAGGUGAGAAGCCAGGUGAAGUUCCAGCUGAAGAAGGUCCUGUGUAUGGGCGUGGCCGUGGGAAAUGUGGGCAUGACCCCAGAUGAGCUGAGGCAGAAUUGCCUCAUGGCCAUCAACUUCUUGGUGUCGCUGCUGAAGAAGAAUUGGAACAACGUGAAGAGGCUGCACAUCAAGUCCACCAUGGGCAAGCCCUUCACCAUCUACGGCUGACCGAGUCAAACCUUAGCUGCCCUAG